GAGCUGUGGGGUAAGCCAGAAAUUGACAGCAUUGCGCACGGUGCAUGUGCGGCGCAAUCUGUACUCACGGAGAACAUCACGUUUCUGUAACGAUUUUAACACCAGAACCUUGAAUUUCCUCCAUGAAAUUUUAGGAUUUUAGAUUAGAGCUCUCCACUUCCAAUCGAAAGCACCAGGUCUGAUCAGAUGGUCAUGGUCAUGACAACCGACAGUCCCCAAAGCACUGUGACGCGCGACGUGCGGGAGCUGCACGUUAGCUCGCAGUGCGUGGGGCGGGAAUUCGUGCGGCAGUAUUAUACUCUUCUCAACCAAGCACCAGAACACCUGCACAGGUUUUACAGCCAUAACUCGUCGUUCCUGCACGCCAGCUGUGACUUCGGCGAGCAUGUGGAGGACCCGGUGAUUGGUCAGCAGGACAUCCACAAGAAGAUCAUGUCGCUGAACUUCCGCGACUGUCACGCCAAGAUCCGACAGGUGGACAGCCACCCUACCCUGGGGAACGGCGUCGUAGUGCAGGUCACUGGUGAACUGUCGAACAACGGUGAGCCCAUGCGUCGCUUCAUGCAGACGUUCGUACUGGCCCCGCAGUCACCCAAGAAGUAUUAUGUGCACAACGACAUCUUCCGCUACCAGGACGAGGUGUUUGAAGACUCUGACUACGAGGCCCAGGAGCGAGCAGGAGAGUCGGAGGGUGAGAUUGAGGCAGAGCCUGAGCCCACCAAGCCGCCUGCACCGGAGCAGUCUCCUUUGGAACCUGCGGUAUUCGAACCACAGCAGACUGUAAGUAAUGGUGACAUCCAUCUGGAGGAGAGUCCCCCUGAGGUGGUCCCCCCGCAGCCUCCCGUGGAGGAGCCCGCGCCCCCUCCGGAGCAGGAGGAGACUCCGGAGCCUGAGCCGUACGAGCCGCAGCAGGAGACUGCUCCGGAGGUGAAGGAACCCGAACCACCCAAGGAGCAGCAGCCUGAGCCUAAGAAGUUCUCAUGGGCUGCUCUGGCGAGUAAAAACACCACGGCGUCUCCCCAGGCUACAACAACGGGACUGCCUCCAACAGUCAUCAAAUCACAACAGGUUCCCCCGAAGCCAGCGGAACCGCGGGAUGCCGGCGCUCCCCAGCCCCAGCGAGCUCCGCGGCCCCAGCGGGAGGGGCAGGACUUCCGUCGUCCCCGCCCCGGUGGCCCCGGUCGGCGCGAGAUGGGCGAGGGCGAGGAGGGAAGACCGGAGACGAGAGUGCAGCGCCCGUCGCGCUACCCGGAUAGUCACCAACUGUUUAUCGGAAACCUACCGCACGACAUCAACGAGGACGAACUCAAGGAUCACUUCGCACACUACGGAAAUGUGAUGGAGCUGCGUAUCAACACUAAGUCAGGAGGAGGCAGGGUGCCGAACUUUGGAUUUGUUGUGUUUGAUGACCCAGAGCCUGUUCAGAAGAUCUUGGAUUCGAAGCCCAUCAUGUUCCGUGGAGAACACCGUCUGAAUGUGGAAGAGAAAAAAGCUCGUGGAGAAGGUCGGGGACGAGGCGAUAGUCGCGGACCGCCGCGCGGAGACCGUGGACCCCCUCGUGGCCCAGGAGCACCUGCCGGGCGUGGUGGCGGCCCCUCUGGUGGUGGACGCGGCCCCCCUCCCCCCAAGGGUGGUGGUGCCGGCGGCGGGCCCCCUCGUGACCGCUACCCUCCACGCCGCUGAUAUAAAAAAAAAUACACAAAACUUACUCUUAACCGCACGGACUUGCGAGUUGACGAUAUAGAAAAAAAUUGACCUGGACUGAAACCAACAACAGCCUUGUUUGUUUCUGCCUGGUGCUUUCCUGGAAAUAUGCAAUUCUGGAUUUGUCAAGCCCCAACAAUCGCUGCCUGUGUGAAAUGCGUAUCUUCUGUACCAGGUUUUUCUUCACCCAUGUACACGUACAACACAGGAGACGUGUGUGUGCGACUGAAAAAAGCCCGCUCAAGGACCUGUUGAAUUGCCAAAGGACUUGAUCAUGAACUUUCACCUCACGAAGCGUGUAAUUUUAUACUAUUAUGAAUUGCAAUAAUAUAGCUGUGUCAGGAACGGUUACUGUUUAUUUUACAAUGCAGUCAGUGUCUGUAGCAAGACUGAUGGGAUAGUAAGAUGGCUGGAGCUGGAAGCUGGGGGUCAAAAGGUCCUUGUAAUAAAUAAGACAAAUGUACCUCUAGCCAAUUUCUAAAUAUUAGGUUAUUUUUGUAUAAGAGUGCAGUGUUUAGGUGUAAACACCUGAGGCAUGUCAUUCUGCGUGGCUGCUUGCUCGGACACUAUGACUGAGUGGAAAUUUUGGGUAUGAAUAAAUGUCAUCAAAGCACUUAACAACGGUGGGUGGGCUGUAGGACCUGAUCGUGACCUUCCCAGCUUCUUCUGACUUCAGCUCACUCGUGUCAUACAUGUGUAAUGUCUUUUGUAUUUGCUGUAGUAACACUGUUGCUGAAUUGCAUAUUUUCAGUCAAUGGAGGGACAGAAAACUAAGGAAAAAUCAGCUACUGUACAUCCUCGUUUUUCGCUCUCUUCCAAAAUUCCACUUCGGUGUUCUCUUGUUGUUAAAAACAGAAAGGAGAACGCCUCUAAUAUUAUGAGUAUUGUCUGUCGACUUACUUCCAAGGAAAAAAAUCUAGUGUAUAUUUGAUGUCAUAGGCAUGUGGCCUGUACCUUCUUGUCUAGUCUUAGAGUAAAUGAUACUAAUGUUUAUUUGUCUGGCUGCAUUUUAAGUUUUGACAAAUCAGUAAUAAAAAGAUCUCUAGAAACAAAUUCUUUUGUCUUUGUCAAAUUUUGUCUAAAAAGUUGGAUUUUGGGAUGGCAGCCUGGGAGAGGACUUGUUGCAGAAUUCUCAACUUUCAUCCGUCAUGUUACAAACCAAAUGUGCCGUUUAACUUAUAAAGCUAAUAUUUGACAAACUUGCAAUAUACAUGUCCGUAUGUGUGUGUCUACUUAUGUGAUCCUUCUCUUGUCUGAUGGGAAAGUGUUUUGUUCUCAAUCUCUGGGUUUGUUCAGGAUGUUAGUGUUGACUGUUGUAUACCAUCUAUUGCUGGUAAUGGUAGUGUUUGAUGCUUGUUUUCUGUUGCAAAAAAAAAUGUUGCGUCCAUACUUUCUGUAGACCUGAUUUUACAACAGGCAUGGAAGAAUCAUGCAUAAUUGGAAAUGACGCUUCUCUGCUGGUUUUCACCAGAAGUGUUGGCCAGUGCAGAUGAACAGCAGCUUUUCAUGCUGCCAAUGUUGGGCCUAAAACAAGGUCAACAGCUACUUCUGAAGCCUUGACUUGGAUAGAGUCACUGCUCCAAAAUAUAGUCUGAAGCCUUUCUUGCCAUUGGUCAGCGCAGUAGUAGCUGUGCACUAAACGUAUCUAGCCUAAGCCAAUGCCUUUGAACUUCCAUAUUACAUUCAUUACCCAUUGGUCAAUGCUAGUCAACAUUGUUAUAUGUAGUAUGAUGUAAGGCCUUGCCAAUUUGAUUAUCUAUUCAUAAGACAGCUUGCUCUGUUGGGUUAUCACCCCCAGAAAUGUGAAUGUUUUGUGUUGAAGAUGAGAAUGUCCAGUAGUCUUUGGGCAUCCUGUCAUACAUUGUAGUCUGUGUAAGGUACAAUGGCUUGGGUAUGUAAUGCUGAUUAGGAGAGAUGGGGACAGCCCUUAUGUUCCAACAUCCCUGUGUUUGUUAUGCUUAAGAAAUGUCUGAACAUAAGGAUGUUGGAACAUGGCAAUGCACCAUAAAGGUGAUGGAACAUAAGUGUAACCAGAGAAGACACCAACUAUUCACCCAAAGCCCUCAUUCAUAUCACAACUACUUGACAUGUGAAGUGUGGACCACGAAAAUUGAAACAUGCUCAAUCAUCUACUCUCCAAGCAGAGGUUGAGUCGUGGAGAUAGAUAUAGUAGUAGUCGGAGGAGCGCCCGUGUAAUUUUUCCGACUACUACUAUAUCUCCGCGACUCAACCUCUGCUUGGAGAGUACAAUCACCCCCGUUUAAGAUGGUAUUCUGUGUUACCGGACGUGACAGAAUGCUGGAAACACCCGAGAAUUGCUGCUAAUAUUGUAAACAGAUGGCACCCAUACAAGGCUAAUUUCCUUCAAAUGUAUUGCCAGUUCUGUCUUUUUACCAUGAGGUGGUUAUAUGAAGUUUUCCAGCAUUCUGUGUCAACGUCGGCUAUUGAUGUGAUACAGUGCAAGAGUGGACUAUCUAAACAUGUUGUAUUUCACCAAUAGCAUUUUUUCGAAAAGUGGUCUCAUGUUCAAUUCUAUAACAUGCACUUUGUCAGCUACAAAACGUUGAAGGCAAGUUAAGAAAUUUACAUCAUUUAACUUAAGCCAUGGGACUUAAACUUACCCCUAGAUGUUUCACAAUUGGUCGGACAGUAAGACACACCAUGUAAAAAAUCUUAACAGUUCAGAAUCCCCUGUUCACAAAUGAUAUGACGUCACUUCUAUGUAUAGAUACCCUCAUAUUCUAGUGCCAUGCUAACUGUUAACUCUUGACCUGCCAAAAUGGAUUGUAGUGAUUGCGUUGCUGUGUUGAGAUUCCUUUGCUUGUACAUUUGUACUUUGAUGUUCAAGUGUUCUUAUUCGUCCAUAGCGGACACUCGAUCAUGCUCCAAUUCCAUCUUC